GAGGAAAAAAUUCACAGAAAGGAGGCUACACUUUCAGAGAGAGAAAUUGAUUCGUCGUGGGUGAUCCAUGCCGAAGAUGAAGCAUCUUCUCCGGAAGCUGCACAUGGGCAGCGCAAUUGGCGACCAUCACAGGUUGGACGAGCCAAGUCGGCCGGUGAUCGCUCCGAGUCCGAUUCCAACCCCUAGUCCUAUCCCCGCGUCCACUUCGUCGGUUUCUUCCUCUGGUUCGGCAGCAAUGCAGCGACUGACGGAAGCGGAACCACCGGUGACUCGUGAUCGGACGGCCGUGAACGGUGUGGAUUUCAAUAUGAUGGAGGAGGAGUUCCAGGUCCAGUUAGCUAUGGCGAUUAGUGUGUCUAAUCCUGAUUCGCGGGAAAAUGCGGACACGGCUGAGAUCGAUGCUGCUAAGCGGAUUAGUCUCGGGGUUCCGGCUCCGCUCGCCGACUCGGAUUCCGUCGUUGAUUUUCUCUCGCUUCGCUACUGGGGACAUAAGGCUAUCAAUUACGACGAGAAAGUCAAGGAUGGAUUUUACGAUGUCUACGGGAUUACCUCGAAUUCCCUUUCAUUAGGGAGGAUGCCACUAUUGGUGGAUCUUCAAGCGAAAUCAAUUUCAGAACAUGUUGAUUAUGAGGUCAUUUUGGUAAACCGAUUGGUUGACCCUGAAUUACGAGAGCUUGAGAGAAGGGCAUAUGCCGUAUCUUUGGAAUGCCUAGAUUUUGCGCGUGGCCUGGUUUCAAGUGAUUUGAUCCAAAACAUCGCAAGUAUGGUUGUAGAGAAAAUGGGUGGUCCAGUUGAGAAUGCUGAUGAAAUGGUGAGAAGGUGGACACUCACAAGUUAUGAACUGAGGAAUUCUUUGAACAGUAUUAUUCUUCCGCUUGGGAGCCUUGAUGUUGGUCUUGCACGUCACAGGGCUUUGCUUUUCAAGGUGCUUGCUGAUGGGAUUAACCUCCCCUGCAUGCUGGUAAAGGGCAGCUACUAUACUGGAAUUGAUGACGGGGCUGUGAACUUGAUUAAGCUAGGCAAUGGAAGUGAAUACAUUAUCGAUUUGAUGGGUGCUCCAGGUGCUUUAAUUCCUACCGAGGUUCCCAGCAGUUAUCGUCCAAUUUCUUGCCCUGAUUCAAGAGUAUUUUCUGAUUCUCUGAACACAUUGGAAACUUCACGUUCGGUUCUUGACAACGAAACUGGGACUGCAGUAAUUUCGGUUCCCGAAACAAAAUAUCCUGGUUGUGAUGCAGGCACAGAUUUUCACUCUGGUUAUCAUAAAGAUAACAAUGACAAAUAUGCUGUUGAGAAACAUCAAACUGAGAGGUUUGAGCAUGACUUUGGAAAGCUAAUGCAAACACAACAGAGAUCUGGUGAAAAUAUGCCUGUAGUUUCCGGGAAACCAACAUCAGCACAGAAAGUUAAAGUUAAGAAUAUCUCAAAGUAUGUCAUAAGUGCUGCAAAGAACCCUGAAUUUGCACAGAAAUUGCACGCUGUCUUGCUAGAGAGUGGUGCAUCGCCUCCUCCACAUUUGCUUAUGGAUAUCAAUCCAAAAAAUCUGAGGGAACAGAAACAGCAUCAAGAAAGUAGUAGUUGUAUGGUUUCUGAUGUUCACUGCAACCUGGAAAAGAUAGAGGAGCUGGCAAUUGAACAACUGAGAGAAUCUGAAACAGGCCAAAAUUCAGAUCUAUGUACCUCAGCAGCUGAGUCCUACCAAGCAGUGGAGGUUCAUUGCUCAACAAAGAGAAACUUUGAUGUCAAUAAUUUUGGUGAAGUAACUGCCAUUGAAACAAUGGAGACCAAGUCUGCUGCUGGAGAGACUAGUCUAUGCAACAGUCAUGAUCAAGGAAUUAAUCCAUUGCUCGGUGAUGCUGCAAAAUGGGAAAUUCUGUGGGAAGAUCUAAGAAUUGGCGAACGCAUUGGUAUUGGCUCAUACGGAGAGGUUUACCAUGCAGAGUGGAAUGGAACUGAAGUUGCUGUUAAGAAGUUUCUGGACCAAGAUUUCUCUGGUGAUGCAUUGACACAAUUUAAAUCUGAGGUUGAAAUAAUGUUGAGAUUACGGCAUCCAAAUAUUGUUCUUUUCAUGGGAGCAGUUACCCGUUUGCCACAUUUCUCUAUUCUGACAGAGUUUCUACCCAGGGGAAGUUUGUACAGAUUACUCCAUCGCCCUAAUACUCACCUUGCUGAGAAGAGGCGUAUGCGUAUGGCUCUUGAUGUGGCAAAGGGGUUGAAUUACUUGCACACAAGCCAUCCGAUCAUUGUACAUAGAGAUUUGAAAUCUCCAAACCUUCUUGUUGAUAAAAAUUGGGUUGUGAAGGUUUGCGAUUUUGGAUUGUCACGCAUGAAGCACCACACUUUCUUGUCUUCAAAGUCAACCGCAGGAACGCCUGAGUGGAUGGCUCCAGAAGUAUUGAGAAACGAACCCGCAAGCGAGAAAUGCGAUGUGUACAGUUUUGGUGUUAUAUUGUGGGAGCUAGCUACUAGACAUAUCCCGUGGAAAGGUCUGAACCCGAUGCAGGUCGUUGGGGCUGUCGGGUUUCAAAAUCGGCGUCCUGAAAUCCCAGAACACAUUGAUCCAACCACUGCACAGAUCAUACGUGAAUGUUGGCAAACGGAGCCACAUUUGCGGCCUUCAUUCACACAGCUGAUGCACCGGCUGAAGCGGCUGAAGCGGCUGACGAUGGAAACCUCCGGAGAAAGCCCAGGAAGUUCGGUACAACAGUAGUCACCCAAGUUUCUCAUUCUCGGUCCGGUUCAAAGAGCCGACAACUGGGGAAAGCCAACUCCGGGAAGGUUUUUUUUUAAAAAAAAAAAUCAAAAGCAGAAUACCAAUUUCCCCCUCUGUUGUCGAUUUAAGGGUAAGAUAAGUUAGGGAAAAUGAGGGGGUUAAGGGGUGAAAGCUGUUGAGUUCAUUCGAAGUGGGAGCUCAACUUAUACAGAGAAAGCCCUUGUAAACCCUUUUGUAACUAUUGCUCCUACUGUGUAGGCAAUAUUGUUACUACAUGGUAAAAAAAAAGACAAGAAAAGAAGAGGAAUAAAAAGGAAAAGAAGAAAGAGAGAGAGAGAGCUUAAGUUUA